AUGGUUGCCUCUGUCAAAAGAACUUUAAGAAUUAAAACCCAACAACAUAUUCUACCAGAUUUACCUCCAGUAGAAAACUUCCCAAUGCGUCAAUGGAGUAUUGAAUUGGCUUUAUUAGAUGAAGCUGGUAAAGAGGUACCUGCUACUAUAUUUGAUAAAGUUAUCUACCAUUUGCAUCCAACUUUUGCCAAUCCAAAUAGAACUUUCAAAGAACCCCCAUUUAAAAUUGAAGAACAAGGUUGGGGUGGAUUUCCAUUAGAUAUCAGUGUGCACUUUUUAGAAAAAGCAGGUGAAAGAAAAGUUACCCAUGAUUUAAAUUUUCUCCAAGAUUCUUAUGAAGUCGAUCAUGUUAUUCAAGUCCCAUUAAAUAAACCAACUCUAACUACUGAACUAGCAAAAAGUGGAUCAGUUGAAGAACCAGUCGCCACUACAAAACGUAAAACCGCUGCAUCCACUGCAGAACCUAAAGUUAAAAAAGCGAAAACUUCCAGUACUUCAACAAUUAAAGGUAAUGUGGAUCUUGAAAAAUUAGCUUUUGGUCUCACAAAACUUAAUGAAGAUGAUCUUGUUGGUGUUGUACAGAUGGUUACUGAUAAUAGAACUCCAGAGAUGAACGUUACUAAUAACGUUGAAGAAGGUGAAUUCAUAAUUGAUUUGUAUAGUCUUCCAGAAGGUUUGCUGAAGAGUUUAUGGGAAUAUGUUAAGAAGAACACUGAUUAA